UUUUAUUAGUUUAUAUAAUUACUAAUCUUCCACUAAAUAUCAAAUUAUUACUUUAAUAGAUUUAAUAGAGAAGUAAAUAAAAUGAGUAAUAACAAUACAUAUAUUCGUAGUAGAAGACUAUAGGAAGCAGGAAAAAAUAUUGUUGGAGAUCUUUCGCCUACAAAUGACAAUUAUCGAUCAUCAAGUAAUUAUAAAACAAACCCAAUACUAAUUUAGGAAGGCGCUCCAUAUAGCCAAAGAUAAAAAACAGACUUUAGCUUAGAUUUGCAGAAUAAAUUGAAAUAAGUUAACUUAACUGAUGCUUCAAAUGGGUAUAGAAAUCAAUACACAGGUAGAAAUAAUUCAAACAGUCAAAGAAAUCACUACAAUUUGCAUGAGAAUUAAUCUGGGUCGUUCUUUCCUCCUAUAGCAACAGUAGCUAGGUCAAGCAAUGAUAAAUAUAAUUAAAAAUAAACAAGGUUGACCACUAAUGAGACCAACUCAUUAAAAAGUGAGUGCGAUUAGUUUCAAAAUUUAAUGCCAUGCCAAAAGUAGUAACAUAGAAACGAGUGUAAUGUUUGCAAAUCGAUUUCUCCAAAUAGGAGCUAACCUGGUAUAGCUGGAAAAAAUUACAAAGAUAAAAUUUUGUAGGAAGAAAAAUAAAUUUUCUAAUAACUUGAGCACAUAAGAAAUAAAAUGAGCAACAAUAAUCAGGUAUAAAGGAAAGUAGCUACACCAGUAAAUAAUGAUAAACCAAAAUAUAAAGAAAAUGGAUAAGCUACUUAACCAUUGAGGCUUGCUAAUUUAGAAUAAUAAUUUCCCUAUUAAAAUUAAAACAAUCAAAAUAAUAGAAAGGAUUAUUAAAAUACACUCAUUUCUGAUAUGCUUAAAUAAAAUUCUACAAGUAAGGCUAAUUCAAAUUAUGAAUGGGGAAUGAAAGGAUUUAGUUAAGCUUCAUCACCAAACAGAAUUCUCUCUUCUUUAAACACACUUCCAGUUUCGCCUGUAGCCAAUAGUUAAAAUCACAAUAGAUAUUAUUCUUCUGCUUAAACCUAACAUGAAACUGUUCCUUUUUCAAAAACUGUUUUUCCAAAUCACAAGAAUGGUGGUUCUAAUUUAAACGAUAGUUAAACAAACUUAGGUUAUAAUGUACAUUACAAAACAACUUAUUAACCAUAAAACUAUAAUCAUAAUAAAGUUACUUAAUUUGAAAAUCCAGUGACAAAUACAUCAAUUGAUAACUUGAAAGGUACAUUAAAAAAACGAAGGCCAUCCAUUAGAAAAAAUAGUAUUUCUAUUUAAACUUCUAUGUAAGAUACUUUGAAAAAAAAUAGCAAUACUUCCUAGAGUCAUUAAAAUAUUAAGUCAUCCAUUCAUGGAGCAAGUUAUACAGGAAUUGAUGUAUAAAAAAUAAAAUCAAGUAGAUAAAAUUGUAUAAAUUUGCUUGAUAAUCUGAAAAAACUAGUAUCUAAUAAAAAAAAUCUAUCUUAUACAACUUAGGAUUUUUUUAAGCCAUAAUGA